UGCCACUUAGUGUCAGAAGCGCGGAUUCCACGUCAGCCUCCCUCCCCACGCCCGCCCCGCGGCCCCGCUCCUCCUCGGGAGGGACCCGGUGACUCCUCUUCGUCUUCUGCGCCGCGCGCCACCCCGACCCCUGCCGGGGCCCAGACGCUCAGGUCAACCUUCCUGCCUAGACUUCUCCCUUCCUCACUCCAAAACGGUGCAAGAGAGAGUCAUGGUCUGUUUUGGUCUUGUUUUCAUUUCAUUUUAUUUUAUUCAAACAAAGGGAAAACCUGGGCCUUGCGGCUUUUUCACGGGGACCCUAAGCCCUUCCAGAUGCCCCCGCGCUCCCACGCCAGCUCCAGACUCCUCCGAGCUCACUUCCCCCGGGCUGGGAUCACAAUGGGCGGAGAUGUUCCUGUUCAUCAAGUUAACUUGGCCCCGUGGCGAACCGGAGGCCAGGGCCACGGAGUGCCACCCGGGGGCCUGCAGCUUCUCCCCAGGGCCCCAGCUGGGAACGUAGGGGCUGGGCUGCCCCCGCCCGGGCUUCGGGAGAGGCGGGCUCGGAGCAGGCGCCCUGGAGCCGAGCCGGCGCCCUGGAGCAGGGUCUCGGGGGUCGCGGGAGCAGUCACGUGUUCCCGUGGCACCUCAAAACCCCCCUGCGGCUCCCUGCGCCCUCCUCCCACUGCCAUCUUCCAGGUCUCCUCCUCCUCCAGCCGCCGCCCGCGCGGAAGCGACAGCGCUCGCCAGGUCCCCGGGAGCCGAGACGCUGACAGCGGCGGGCUCACCCCGAGGUCUGCGUACUGUACUUUUCAGGAAAAAGAAAGUGAAGGGGACAAUAAUAUGGAUUUGGACUUUAAGAGUUAUUAUAACCUGACGUUUCCCACAGAGAACAAUACUGCUGCCCCUCGGAAUUCCAAUUUCCCAGUCUGGGAUGACUAUAAAAGCAGUGUAGAUGACUUGCAGUAUUUUCUGAUUGGACUCUAUACAUUGGUAAGUCUUCUUGGUUUCAUGGGGAAUCUCCUCAUUUUAAUGGCUCUCAUGAGAAAGCGUCAUCAGAAGACAACGGUGAACUUCCUCAUAGGAAAUUUGGCCUUCUCUGAUAUCUUGGUCGUGCUUUUCUGCUCACCUUUCACACUGACCUCCGUCCUGCUGGAUCAGUGGAUGUUUGGCAAAGUCAUGUGUCAUAUCAUGCCAUUCCUUCAGUGUGUGUCGGUUCUGGUUUCAACUUUAAUUCUAAUAUCGAUUGCCAUUGUCAGGUAUCAUAUGAUAAAGCACCCCAUAUCUAAUAAUCUAACAGCAAACCAUGGCUACUUCCUGAUAGCCACUGUCUGGACACUAGGUUUCGCGAUUUGUUCUCCCCUUCCCGUGUUUCACAGUCUUGUGGAACUUCGGGAAACAUUUGGCUCAGCAUUGCUGAGCAGCAGGUAUUUAUGUGUUGAAUCAUGGCCAUCUGACUCAUACAGAAUUGCUUUUACAAUCUCUUUAUUGCUAGUGCAGUAUAUUCUGCCCUUAGUUUGUCUCACGAUAAGUCAUACCAGUGUCUGCAGGAGUAUAAGCUGUGGAUUACCGGACAAAGAAAACAAACUAGAAGAAAAUGAGAUGAUCAACUUAACUCUUCAUCCAUCCAAAAAGAGUGGGCCUCAGGUGAAACUCUCCAACAGCCAUAAGUGGAGCUAUUCAUUCAUCAGAAAACACAGAAGAAGAUACAGCAGGAAGAAGGCAUGCGUGUUACCUGUUCCAGCAAGACCUCCUCAAGACCAUCAUUCAAGCGCGCUCCCAGAAAACUUCGGCUGUGUGAAGAGUCAGCUCUUCUCCUCCAGUAAGUCCAUACCAGGGGUCCGCACCUGCUUUGAGAUGAAACCUGAAGAAAACUCUGAUGCUCAUGAAAUGAGAGUAAACCGCUCUAUCAUGAGGCUCAAAAAGAGAUCUCGAGGUGUUUUCUACAGACUGACCAUACUGAUACUCGUGUUUGCCAUCAGUUGGAUGCCACUACACCUUUUCCAUGUCGUAACCGAUUUUAAUGAUAACCUUAUUUCAAAUAGGCACUUCAAGUUGGUGUACUGCAUCUGUCAUUUGCUGGGCAUGAUGUCUUGUUGUCUUAACCCAAUUCUGUAUGGGUUCCUUAAUAACGGAAUCAAAGCCGACUUACUGUCUCUUAUACGCUGUCUUCAUAUGUCAUGAUUCUCACAGUUUACCAAGGAAAGAACGAAUGUUGGAAUCAUUCCAAUGUAUAUCCACGAUAACUAUGUGUACCCGAUGAACAGGUUUUGUUAACUAAUUAAUUUAAUUUAUGUGUCAAUUUUCUGAAUUUGAAUGUCAGUUCAUAGUGUGUGGAAGAUAGUUUUGUUCGUUACAGUGCAGUGAAUUUGGUUGUAUAAAGUCAGUGUCAGUCCAAUCUGAUUUCACAUUAAAAAGUAGCUACAUUACCUUUUGUUUU